AUGGACCCCUUUGCUCAACUGCCCGCAGAACUGAUCCAGCACAGCUUAAUUUAUACUCCUGAUUUUGUUGCGAUAGAAGGUCUUCUCUCUGUGUCUGCACGAGUUAAUGCGGUCUUCAAGGCUCAGCCAAGUAUUAUACACAGCAUUAUACUGGGAAACACCGUUACCAGAUUUCCUGAAAUUCAAAGGCUUAUCUACAACUUAACCCUGAUCAAUGCCUUCUAUUACCCGGACCUUCCCCAAUAUCGGCUGACAUGCGAGGGCACGCCAAAACUUGAUUACAAGGCCUCAGUCGAGAUACUCCACGUGGCCGCCAGAGUUCAGAACCUUGCAUGUGCAUGCCUUUCCUUUAUGCAGGAUACCCUCGCCUCGACCUUCAGCGCGAUACCUGCAGGAGGACUGAGUGGCCCCGAGAGAGCAGGCAAGGCACGCAAGCCAUCUCCUGGAUCGAAGAAUACCGCACCUAUUGGUCCCUCUUCCACCUCCACCAUUACUCCGCCCUCUGCAAAGCGGCAACAGGACGCUGGAACUGGCCGGCAGAGCAGAGGAGAUCUGGACGGUAGCCGCUGUCCUAUCAGGCUAGGUCUCAGUCCGACCUACGGACGCCGUCCCGAGCAGCUGAACAGUCUGGAGGGAUCCAGGAAACACCCCGAGGGCUCUGAGUUCUCGCGAGCAGCGUGGAAUUUGUCCCAGCUUACACCGAUUCCAUUCAUCGACUCUUUCGACCUUCCCCGAAGUGGUAUACCCACGCCCAUCUGGUCUCCACCCCCAGUACCGCCUGAAACUGAAGCAACAGCAUCAGCGUGCUGGCAGCUUACGCCGGAGUACCGCUUGGGAUACCCCAUGCACGUUGAAUACUUCCAGAAUACAGCCCUUCUGGUUCCCCGACAGCUCAGGAAGCCGUCGCUUGGCAUGACGCAGUUUAAAUCCUGGUGCCGUCUGGGGCUUGUGAUCUGGGAUUCCUGGCGCAUGUACACCGUCCGCCUGUGCCAUUUCGGGCCCAGGUGUGAUGGACCGAAUCUGCCGAACCCAGAUGGGACUGUCCAGGAUCCAGACGAGCAGGAACCGGACCUGGUGCCGAGGUGGUUGGCGCUAGUGGGGGAGAGAGUGUCGGACUGCUAA